AUGCUUACCAAUACAAAACAUUUGUAUUUCUGUCCAGCUUCCCCUUUCUGUCACAUUCUCGACUUAUCUAUUCAUGCAUCUGAAUUUCUACUCUUUCCCUCUCUUUCCUUCUUUUUUAUCUAUCUAUCUAUCUAUCUAUCUAUCUAUCUAUCUAUCUAUCUACUGACAUAUUUGAAAGAAGACUGUCACGGGAAGUCUGCCCGUUUUUUCUACACUUUUUCUUCAAAGCCUUUGUAUUUUUCCGUCCACACACAGAUAAACACACACACUCUCUCUCUCUUUCUCUCUCUCUCUCUCUCUCUCUCUAUCUAUCUAUCUAUCUAUCUAUCUAUCUAUCUCAAAAUGCCUAUAUAUCCCUAUCUAUCUAUCUAUCUAUCUAUCUAUCUAUCUGAAUCACUUUAUAAUGUAUCUGAACCUAUCUAUCUAUCUAUCUAUCUAUCUAUCUAUCAAACCAUGAUUCUUUCUUUUCUUCAAAGUCUUUUCAUUUCUCUCACCUUCUUUCUUCCAACUUCUGCAUCUCUCGCCAAUCGCACCAAUAUAAUUUUCAUCUUCUCUCUUCUCCCCAAAGUCUUUGCCUUUUUCUUUCUCUAUCUUGAACAUUUAUCCACCUUAUUUGAUCGUCACUCCGCUUCUCUUCGUGUUAGUCUUUCUUUUUAUCUAUCGAUUGAUCUAUCCCGUCCCAGCCAUCCAGCCAUCUACGUGCCUCUUGUCUCAUCUUAUCUCCCGCGUUGUUCGAUCUUCUCUCAAAAUGUCGACAGGUUUAGCAUCCUUUUCCUCUCUGUCCUUCUCCUCCUCUCUCUUUCAACUUUCCUUUCCUCGCACUUUCUUCAUCUUUCUCGCAUUUUCUCUCUUUACUUGAGCAUCUUCCUCUCUUUUUCUGUCUUUCAAAAUUCCUUUCGUUGCCCUUUCUUCAUCUUUCUUUCAUUUUCUCUCUCCGUCUGA